GCCAACUUAAAAUCCCCAACAGUAAAAGAUUCAUAAAUGCUUUCCGCCACCGUUUGAUGUAGUGUUGUACACUUGUAGUCAGACUCACAGCUCUACUCACCAGCCACGACGCCUUAGGAGAGAGAAUCUUGACAUCUUCUUCCCCUUUCUAAUUUAGGUCAUCAUGAGUAUCACUCUUGAUUUACAAGAUUUUAUUCUUCGUGCUAGAGUGCUGAAGCUGUAUAGACAAGCAUUGAGAACAGCUAGGCGAGCCCCCACUCAACCCAGAGUUGAGUUGCAGCAAACAAUUAGACAAGAGAUAGAGAAGAACCGGGACUGCCAGGACAAGCAGAAGAUCCGUUUCCUGCUAAGUGAAGGGAGAGAAAGAGUGAAACGCUUAGAUGAGAUGCUUGAUAUGCAAGGUUGCUGAUCAUUCAUUGCAUUGGUGGAGACCUUCUAAUUGAGAACACAAACGACUACAAGUUCACUGGGUGGCUUGUUUGACUUAUGUAGUCACAGUGACUCGGACAUAAUCUGUUGUAAUCUUUUUCCGGAGUAGGACAUGAUUGAUUGUAGAGUAUGUAUCAAGAUAAUUUCUCAUAACAGUCCAUUAUCUUGGGAUCUUAUGUGUUCAUAUUCUUGCAUUUUGCACUACAAAUGCUUAUUUGCAUUUGCAGGGUUCUUUAGUUUUA